UUUCUUUUAUAAUUUCUUUACUUUUUCUUAAUUUUCUCUUUCCGGGUUUUUCUCAAUCCGUAUUUUGAAAUGGAUAAAUUUAGGUUGAUACAUUGGAAUGCACAUUCUUUGUUACAGCGUUUUCAAGAACUGGAAAGGCAGAGUACAUUAUUCGAUUGCGCAGCAAUUUCGGAAACAUGGCUUAAACCACAAUUCAAUUUCAUGUUGAGAGGGUUCGAUACGGUGAGACGGGAUAGGGUUAUAGGUAGAGGCGGAGGGGUGGCUAUUUUGGUUAGUCAUGCCCUUAAAUACAGAGAGAUUUCUGUACUGGAGGACUGUGCAGGUGAUUUCAACUCUCACAGCCCGGUGUGGGGGUCUUCGUUCCUUUGUCAAUCGGGUAGGCUACUGUCGUCGGCAAUCGAGGAUACUGAACUCGUUCUAGUAAGUGACGGUGCUCCGUCCUUCAUGGGCAACGCUUCGUGCGGCCCUUCAACCAUCGAUUUGGCGUUCUGUCACGCUUCUAUCGCUCCUAGACUGAGAUGUCAGACUUUGAAUGAUGCCUGGGGAUCGGAUCAUUAUCCGGUUUUGAUUACGUCGUCAAUGAACAGGGGCCCCUCCUCUUUUCCACGUAAGCGAACCAAAUUAUACAAUAAGCACACAGAUUGGAAUCGUUUUAGCUCUAUUAUGGACAAAGAUCUUAGAAUCUUAAUGUUGUCGGAUCAGCUCAGCCCCACGGUCUUGUAUUCUUCGUUCUUAGCAAUUGUGGAAAAAGCAGUGAGGGAGGCUACCCCGGGGAAUCCUCGGAACCCCCCUCCCUCUCCUCCUCAUCCUCCGUGUAUUUGGUGGAAUGAGGAAUGCGAUGCAUUGAUAGCGGAAAGAAAGUUAAAACUACAGAUUUUUACGGACACGGGUAGAGCUGUGGAUUAUGAGGCCUACAGAUAUCAGUGUGGGGAAACAAAGAAAGGUUUAAGGAGGAUUAAACUUGAGGCUUUUAAGGAUUUCGCAGAAUCCCUUAAAAGAGAUACGAAUCCCAAAAUAGUUUGGGACACCAUGAGGAGAUUUGAUUCGAGAUGGAAUAGGACUGAGACAGGUAGAGCAGUUCCUGCUGAGAAAAUUGACAGUGUCCGUAACCUAAUUGACGAACUUUUCCCCCCGUGGGCUCCCACUCCUCGACCAGACGAAUCCUUGAGUUCACCGGGAACGGAUCCUUUCCUGGACUUACCCCUUCUGCCUGAGGAACUUGAUUGGGCUUUGGAAUCGGUAAAUUUAGGUUCUAGCCCUGGACUGGAUGGAAUCGAUUAUAGAAUUAUUAAGAAAUUUUCCCCGUUAGAAGGGUUUCAUGUGGCUUUCAGGAGUUGGAUGAAAAAAGGUUCGCUUAUCGGGGUCUACCGCAGGUAUGCAGAUGAUAUUUGUCUUUACUCAACCUCCCCGUCGCUGGCUACUGGAAUAAGGAAUUUAGAGCAGGCCAUUAAACGUAUUGAGGAGAAGUUAAGGGAAAUUGGGUUGGGACCUGUCUACGAAGGUGGACAAAAUUCAGAUGAGAGCAAUCAGAUUAGUUAUGGGUUACAGAUAGUUUGGUCCAACGCAUCGCAUCCCCUGAAGGAAAAACUAACACACUUAAGCAACAGCAGACCUAUUGUGCAUGGUAGACGCAUGAGCGACCCUUUUUUAGAGGCUCUCUCCUCUUUUCAGGAGUAUAUGGAAUAUAUCCCUCAGAGGGAACACCCGAUUUGCUACCCUGAGAAUUUUGAAGCUCUGUUCGCCCAUUUACAAGUGGACAAGGUCUCCGGUGAUUUAAUUAAAAAAGAUUCUGCUCCCGCGGCUAAAUUUAAUGAGAUUUUUGCCCAGGUCUUGCUCUCGAAUCAAGCUAUUUUCACAGAUGGAUCUACUAAUAUGAGGGAGAAGAACUGGAAUGUCAAUCUUGUUUGGAUCCCCUCGCACGUGGGCAUUAAAGGGAAUGAACUAGCAGAUAGGAUCGCCAAGGCAGCUUGCAAUGGCCCACGUGGAGAUUUCAAAGAAAUUCCUCAUAGAGAGUUAAAGCGUUUAUGGAAAAAUGAAACUAUCAAAGAUUCAAUAGAAUGGUGUUUUGAGGAAAGGAUCUUCAGAGGGUCUAGGUUCUUUUCAUUCUUCUAUGAUCACAGUAACGUUGACUUUAAAAGUGCAUGGUUUGAUGAAUUUAUCAUUAAGAGAAGGGCAUUUACUUCUAUUAAUCGUUUGAGAUGUGGACACUCGUCCCUUCAUGAUAGUUUGUUUAGAUUCCUCAUGGUGGAUUCCCCGGACUGCCCAUAUUGCGGAGAGUUGGAGACUCCAGAACACGUUUUCUGGACUUGCUUCAAAUAUAACGAUCAACGUGAAACCAUGAUAAAGGCUUUGUCUAGAAUGUUCGGUUAUGGCCCCUUCUCGUUGGAGUUUUUACUUCAGCUCCCUGUACCGGAAGUGGCAUUCACUCUGGAAAAGUUUAUAUGUUCAUUGCCGAUCUUUAUAUGA